GUCUUCGACUUCAGCUUAUUGUUUCAUUUCUAAAGAGCUCUUACAAGUUACAACCACUGUAUUGGAGAAAGUGGUUAUUUUUCGUAGCAAAUAGAAGUGAUAUUUUCACAAAUAAAUGAGACUUCUUAAAGAAUCCUAAUCUUAGCCAACGCAGUGAGUCGUAAAAUGAGUGCAAAGUGAGAAAGAUCGGUUGUCGUAGAUUUUGCAUAGGUUACUGACGGCACCAAGUGACAUGCUACCUCGAAAUAAGCCACUGCAUAUUUUGAUUCCUAUUAAAAAUGUCGAGGCACAGGGUUGUUAGAAAUCUGGACUAUGACGAAGAAUAUGAUGAAGCUUAUGAUGAAGAUGUUUAUGGACACUCCGUAGAUGAUGGGGACUAUGGGGUUUCCCCCGGAACUGAACAAUAUCUCUACAGCCGAAGUCGUGAGAAUGCACAUGGAUUUGGCUCCUAUUUUCCUGUGGAAGAUAAUAUUAAGGAAGAAGAGGAAACAUUUGAUGGCUCAGCCCUUGAGUCGCCAGAUGUAGACAGAACUCGACAUGAUUCAUCUAGCUUUCAGAGGCCAUCUCUCUCAUCUGAGGAUGAGGUACGAUUGGCAUCUGUACUUGAUGAGUUACGAAAUAUUUUUGGUGAAAAAUAUAGUGAGAGGGAGUUAACAGAGACAGUUUUGGCACACAACUAUGAUUCAGAGGCUUCCAUUGAUGCUUUGUUGAAUAAAGCCACAGUCUCUGCAACUUCAGACCCUCUUCCUCAAAGAGAACAUCGUAAUAGAAAUAGAGUAUCUGCUAAUUCUGCUUCUGCCUUUGUUGAGCAGCUCACUUUGGGUAGUAAUCAAAAACAAGCAGCUAAAAGUGAUUCUGAAGUAUCAGUGUUCAAAGCACCCUCAGCACCUGUUGUUAUUACCACUCCAGCUAAGAGGGGGGAAGCGUCACGUGUAGUCCGUGGUUUUGAUGUUCAAGAUCAUGAAGGAGUUGCAGCAGCUGAAAACAACCUGGCACUUGAUGAACAGGAAGCUGAGCGAUCACGUUCAAGUACACCAGUUCGAGGAGGAAAAGAUAAGGAUAAAGAAAAAGAUAGCAACACUUCCAUUGCAAAAACUCCAGCAAAGAUACGUGACAAGGAAGUAGAUGUUUUAGCAGAAUAUAAGGAGCAUAGAGCAAGUGGCAAGGAUCUCCUUAAUUUAGUUGUGGUUGGCCAUGUAGAUGCUGGUAAAUCUACCCUUAUGGGUCAUCUUCUCUACUUGAAGGGUAAUGUUGGCCAGAGAGUCAUGCACAAAUAUGAACAAGAAAGCAAGAAAAUUGGAAAGCAGUCAUUUAUGUACGCUUGGGUUCUGGAUGACACGGAAGAAGAGAGGUCUCGAGGAGUUACUGUUGAUGUUGCUCAGAGACUGUUUGAAUCAGAAACUAAAAUUGUGACGCUGUUGGAUGCUCCUGGGCAUAGAGAUUUUAUUCCUAAUAUGAUCACUGGAGCAGCAAGAGCUGAUGUGGCUAUCCUUGUUGUAGAUGCAACUACAGGGGCAUUUGAAGCUGGAUUUGAAAGUGGUGGGCAAACUCGAGAGCAUGCUAUUCUCAUUAGAUCCUUAGGUGUUUCACAGUUAAUUGUAGCAGUUAAUAAAUUGGAUACUGUAGAUUGGAAUCAAGAUCGCUUCGUAGAAGUAAAGUCAAGUUUACGUCAGUUUUUGAAAACUAUUGGUUUUAAGGAUAUAGAUGUUUCGUAUGUCCCAUGCUCUGGUCUUACUGGAGAAAAUUUGGUUAAGCCAUGCACAGAUGAGAAGCUUUGUGCAUGGUACAGUGGUCCCACACUCAUUCAAGCCAUUGAUGCUUUGAAAGUGCCAGAACGUGGUGUGUCUCGUCCUGUGCGUAUGUGCAUAAGUGAUGUCUACAAAGGUCAGAGCUCCAACAUGUGCGUUGGAGGGAGGCUGGAUACCGGGUAUAUUCAGAAUGGAGACCGUUUACUUCUACUUCCUCAGGGAAAUAUUUUAAUCGUUAAAGGUGUCCUAGCGGAUAAUGCAGCACCUUCAACAGCUUUUGCUGGUGACCAUGUAACACUAACUGUUAGUGGCGUAGACCCAAGUGUUUUGCACAUAGGAGAUUUCUUGUGUGAUCCUACGAAACCUAUUCCAUUAGUGACCAGGGUGCAGGCUCGCAUUGUUGUAUUUAAUAUUGUUGUACCAUUAAUUAGAGGAGCGUUGGUGGAUUUCCAUUAUCAGUCAGUCACUGAACCAGCAAAAAUUCGCAAGUUGGUAUCACAGCUUCAUAAGACAACUGGACAGAUAGUGAAGAAUAAACCAAGAGCACUGGUGAAAAAUUCAGCAGCUUUGAUAGAAUUAGAAUUUACCCGAUCAUUAUGUUUAGAGCUCUUCCGUGACUUUAAGGAGUUAGGAAGGUUUAUGCUAAGGACUGGAGGCUCUACUAUAGCAGCUGGUCUUAUUACUCAGCUCUUGGAGUAAGUUGAAUUUAAGAGGAGAAUGGCCUUCAGAUAUGAAGAGUAUCAAUGAACAGUAUUGAUGUCGUCUGUUGAAUAUUAUUUAUAUUUCUCUAGUAACUAUUUAUUAUUUGACAUAAUGUUGCAGUUUUGUUCUAAAGUUUGUCUUUUUCAAUGACCUGCAUAAAUUUAUGUCUCAAUUUUUAUGUUUUAAAUUUUAACAAUAUUCCCAAAGUUGAGCAGGGCAUAACUAAAUGUAAAGAUGAUCACAAUAGAAAAAGCAGAUAUAAACACUUAAAGGGUGAUGGUUGUGUCGACUUUGUUAUGAAGUUUUUGCUGUCUGUAUAUGGUUUGCAAAUACUCCAAAACUAUUUAAGCGCCAAUCUGUUUAUGAAGGAUAAUGUUAAUCAGGAUAUUAUAUUUACCCAAAAUGUGUU